AUGGUUCACUCUGCCACGUACUGGCGCGAGCGGUGCAUUGCAGAUUCUUCGACGGAGGAGGAAAACACGCCACCAAAUCUCCGCACUGAUGCUGGCGGUGAGCUGGACGGGUACAGCUCAACAGGCACUUGGUCUGUACUGCAGGAUACGCCGCCGCGCAAGCCCAAGACGGAGGAGACUCUACCAAUUGGUGAUGGAUUGCGGGCACCAGCAACUCCGCCUCACGUGCGCCCGGAACGCAGCCCGACGACAUCUUCACCG